AGGUGGAUGUGGAGGCUUGGUAGUUGCUAGCCGACACGACCGAAGCCGGCUUAGUAGUUGAGCGAGCACCGCACCAGCAUACCCUACCCAGCAUCAGCACUUGAGUUCCUCCAGUCGGGUGUGUUGUUGCAUUAUCGAUCGCAAACGUUCGUUGAAGAGGCGACGCGAAGAAUGGGCAUAUUUCGCGAGUUUCCUAUAGUCUUCAAUCUCUACAAAAAGUACAGUUAGUUCGCGGUUGCUGAUCGCUCAUACGAGACGGGUGAACCUUCUUGCGGCUAGACGCCUUCCAUCACUGACAGCUGUAAACACUGAGAUAAUCUAAUUAUCGAAGGAAGAUUAUUUUGAGGAUCGUUCUGUGAUUGCAAAACAAACGCGUUCUUCGAAAAUUGUAUCAAAAUGUCGCAGAUUAUGUCAGAGAUCAUGGAGAAAAAGAAUGUUCUGCAAAGGAAACCCACUCUGGCCAGACGAGUGUCCGAUAUGUUUAAGGAUGGAAACUACAGCGGUCCACCGAUGCUGUUCCGACACGCAUCGAUGCAGAAAAUCCGCCAUUGCUGCCAGAAUGUCAACCUGCUGCUAUAUCUCCUCUACUCCUUCGACAACUCCAAGUCGCAUCCGAUAGCGCUCAAGGUGCACGUCAGCAUCAGCCGUUUCCUCCGAGAGAUCACCAUCACUCUUUUCGUCGCAUACAAGAAUUUGCGUCAGCUGAUCUCGCUGCGCGAGAUCCGCGUCGACGAACCGAUUAAAACGAUCAUCGAGGGACCUGACGACGAUCUCGCUAAACUCGCCACGAGCUUCAGCGGAUUCGAGAAGCCGAAACGCAAGCCGCAUCCUCUGUAUCUGGUCGCGGCCGUGUAUCUCGUACCAUUGUUGCUGGGCUUCCAGAUGGUGACCUUAUGCGGCCUGACGAUUCUCGGCAAGUACACGCCGGGCUUUAUCUUCCUGAUAACCGCGCUCCUCUUCCUCGGCGGCAUCGCGCUCAAGGUGUUGUUACACAACGUCAAUAAGUGUGAGAGGAAAAAAGUGCAGUGAUCCCGCGUCUCAUCACCAUCUAAAGACAGUCAAAGAACUGAAAAAACUCCGAGCUUCGUCUGCGUCACGAUGAACGUUUGCAUAAUAUUAAGAUCGCUACAUAUCUUGUAAUGAGACCCCUUUCCGACAACGUCUUCCAUUUAUUCUUUUGAUGUAAUACUUUAAGAUUCCUUUUUUAUAUGUCAGUCAUCAAUAUCUAUAUGUGCACACUCUGUCCUUUUCUUAUAAAUUAUUAAUUGUAUUGUAUUCUCUUUUUAUACAUUAUCAACACUGUUAAGUAGAAUUCGCGAAGAAGGCAUCCCCUCGACAGUCUUAAGUACAAGUACAUUACUUAAUUGCAAUAACGCGUUUAAGUGGAAGCAUAAUUUUAAUCUCGUUCUCAAGUGUAAUAUCGGAGGACCACUUGCAUUCUUAGAUUUUUCAUAAGAUGAACAUUGCAAGUAGUACCUUUUUAUAUCUUCUAUAGCAUAAGACUGAGAAUUGUUUUUUAACGUACAUAUUUGUAUGUAAUUGUAAAUAAUAAAACGUGCGAGUGAAUGAUUUGUAAAAUUGUUCGAGCAAGGAGUAUAUAACGGAAUACGUUUAUAUAGGAACUCGGUACGUCCAUUGAAAGUUGGUCCAAUCUGUGAUGGAGUGGAAUACAAGUGAUAUAUCUCGCGGGUACUUGCAAUACCACUUAAUUACGCGCGA